AAUAAUGUUUAUUUGAAAUAUUAGUCAAACUUGAAAUUUUUUUAUAUAUUCAAAAUUGAAUCUCUGUUAUUAUAAACAUGAUGUUUGUUUCUUAAAGAAAAGUAGAGGAAAAAGAGAGGAGGUGGUCUUCCAAUUUCGAAAUACUUGCACCCCCUUUAAGAGUAGAACACCCACAGCGCCUCUGGUCGCCUUGUAAUCAGGGGAACGUAGCUACUACGUCCCGUCUAUAACGAAUCCAGACUUUAUUUUAGUGUUGAGCGGUCACUGGCGUGGAGCAGCCGAGAUUUUUCAAGAUCAGAAAAUUAAGCAAAAAUUAAACUGAACCUGAACCAUGAAGGCGUUCGUCUUUGUUUGCCUGCUGAUGAUGGGAUUGAUGGGUGUGGCCAUGCCAAGGCGUCAUCAUUCAGCUCAGAGCAACAGACUACCUGUCACGUUGUACUAUGAGGCCCUGUGUCCGUACUGCAUGGAUUUUGUUACCACGAAAUUGGGUCCCUCGAUGCUUCGACUGAACCGCUUGCCAUUCACGGAUCUCAAACUGGUUCCCUUUGGAAAUGCCAGGCAUGACGAUGAUGGGGACGUAGAGUGCCAGCACGGAGUGAAUGAGUGCGAACUGAAUGCUUGGCAUGCCUGCAUCCUGGAGCACCAUGAGAUUAAGGAAUCUCUGAAGCUGAUUGCCUGCAUGAUGCGUGGCAAGAAGAACCGGCUGGACAAGUGUGCUGCCCGCUACAAGAUCAACGUGGAUGAUGUCAAAAACUGCAAGCAAACGCGGGAUGUGAACGAUAUCUUGGAUAAGUACGCCGUGGAAACGGCCAAGGUUUCAUUUGAAGGAGUUCCCGCCGUUGCUCUUGAUAACGUAUAUAAUCAAGACUUAUCAGCGAAUUUAACCGACCAUUUUGAUGCCAUUUUUUGUGAGAAGUAUAAGGAAAAAUUUAAUAAAGUCCUAGACAACUGUCAAUAAAUACAUGUACCGUCCACCAUUGAA